AUGCAGUAUUAGUUUUCUGCCAACCCGUCAACAAAUCGCACCUCUCUGCCUGCCCGCCCGCCUCCCUGCCUGCCUGCCUCCCUGUCUGUCUGUCUGUCGACCAACGUCUGAUCUGAUCACACCCCAGGCUCUGCCUCGUCCCCGCUCUUGCAGACGAGCUGAGGGUCACAUCCGGUGUCGCUCGCCGGCUGCGAAUGUCCUGCAGCCCUAUCAGCGGUAGGAACGAGAAGAUAGACACAGGGGCAUCGUUGAUCUCUGUCUGGGUGCAUGUGUUCUGCCUGUGCAGGCGUUUUUCAUCCACGUCCGUCGCCGGCAUGACUAGCACUAGGUUCCUGUCUGAAAGGGAACUGCGGACGUUCCGCACGAUCAAAUGCUCGCGGCUGGCAAAGGGGCGGUGCGACCUUGUGGCGGACGAGUGCUGCAAGUACUCGCACUCCACCGAGUGGACGAGACGGCGUGUGUUCUGCCACAGCAGCACCGACGCCAUCAAGUACUGCCAUAUGCAGUGCCCAGACGUCCAGAUCGACUUCAGGAACGAGGCCAUUCUGUCCAACACGUCCAUUCUGUCCAAUACCUGCAAGCUGCGCGCCAAAUGCCCGUACUCGCACUCGGCCGGUGAGCAAGGGGACACACAUGGCGGGGGCGGGAGGAAGGUGGGAUGACAUAUGUGGAUGUGCGAGUGUGUGUGUCUGCGUGCUGCAGAGGAGAUAUUCUAUCACCCGCUGUUUUACAAGACUCGUCCGUGCCCGUCGUACCAACUCACACGCCGCUGCACAAGGCCCUACUGCCCAUUCGUCCACAGCCGCGCAGAGGACCGCACACGUGAGUUGUCGACAAACCGACAGACACGUGACAAACCACAUCACCACUCACUCUUGCGGGCAUCUCUGUGCGUGUGUGUGUGUGUGUGUGCAGACCACCCCGAUCGCCAGUACAAGAUGUACCUCCAGUACCACCGCAAAGACGGCAUCGAGCUGCCCCCCAUCGAGGGCGUCAUUCGGGUCGAGGGGGGCCCCCCCACCAAACUUAAAGGCAGCAGCAACCGACAGGUGCCACCCAUCCCGCAGCCCGCGACCACCACCAGACCCAGUGUGCCCCCGCCACCCGUCGCCCUCCCCAUCGCACGCCAGCCCGACGACCAACUCACCAAGAUACUCGACGCCCUUCGCAGCCUGCCCGACAGCGAUCGUGCCGACGUGCUGCAGAACCUGGCCAAUGUGGGCCACUUACUGGAGGAGGCCACACCGGCGUCAACCCACGCGUCUCCUGCCACCCCCAUGUCACUCGCAGACACUGAGCUGGUUCCUCUGGAGUCGACGGCGCGCCCCCCCUUGGUGGUCAGCAACAUUGAGGAGGCGACGGCGGCGCUGCACGCCCUGUUGCGAUACUUCGAACACGCCGACGACCAGAGCACCAAGGCCCUGCAACCCACCAUCCUCGAGACGGCCCUGCCCAUCGUGUUGGACUCGCUGAGCAAGCACCCGAUACCCACGGCCGGUCGCACCAGCAGCCAGGGCGGCUUCACACCCCCGCCCCCACCGCCUCCCGCCGCACUGCCAUCGCCGACACACAUCGUGACCGUGCCCAGCCCGCAUGACGAGGUGAACAGCGGUCGUGUGCAGAUGGGCAUGGGAAGGGGAGUGGGCUUCACCAUCAGCAGCGACCUCUCUGCCGUCGUGCAGGGUGAGCAGGGGGGAUGCGUGGGGUUGAAGAGGCCGGUGUAAUGUGUGUUUUGUUGGUGUGAUGGAUGGCUCAGCUUCGUCCAGCUGGUCUCGUUCUGGCUUGUCGGCGCCGUCAUUCUGCUUCCCACAGGCAGCGCCCAGGGGUCUGCUCGACGAGGAGGGGGGGCUCUGA